AUGAGUGGAAAUGGGAGACUUGCUAGCCAGCUCGCUGCUCGGCGCAUCAGUCACACUGCCAUGAGAUUCGCGCCUCCUUUUGAUGGCUUUGACGACAGCGGGAGCGAGUUUGAUGAACACGCGCCAAGCGUCGCGAAUAGCGGCAUCACUCAAAGCACGGUGCCUCGUCGCACCAGACAGAGACGCAACAUGAGGCCCCAAGACGAACCUCGCGAAGUCACAUGCGCUUCCUGUAUCAACAGAAUGGAUCAGAACGGCCCUGUUGCUGUCUGCCGCUCUCAAGAGUCACCCAACGCCGUCGCAUGCUUCGCCUGUGCCAAAGUCGGACGCAAGUGCCUCCCAGUUCCUGAGGCGGCGUUGCCUCAUGCGCAUGUCAUUCAGGAGGCAGCAAGUCGCCUGAUCAACGGCGAGCCAGUUCUCAACUGGAACGUACUUGUCUCCGAGGCCAAGGAGGCUGUCCAUGGGGUCCGGCAGAAUCCUGUUUUUGUGCCCAACCCUCCCUCGGCCAUUGACCAAGGCGCGGCUCCCUCUCCAGAGCCAUCCCAGUCUCCUCAGCCGCUCCAGCAAGCUCCAGCAGAUGACAUUUGUGCCGCAGUAUCUCGCAACAAUGAGCUAGUCGCUAAGAACAACCAGCUCCUGCAGCGUGUCCUGAAUGGGAUGGAGGCGUUCGCCCGGGCCACUCGAUGA